AUGAUGUUUAAAUCGAAUGAACCAAGUGCCCCUAUUUAUUCUUCUUCAUUUUGGUGUCAUUAGUGACAUCAUCAUUAUACAAAUGUUAAAUUUCAGUGUGUGAAAUCAUUUAAUUUUAGUCAAAGAUUUUAACCAUAAAUUUAUUACUUUGACAUUACUCUCUAGUCAAAUGUUGAUACUAAAUCUAGUCAAAUAUUUACACUAGUUCUAGUCAUAUGUUAUUCUAGUCAAAUGCUUAUAUUAGAUUUAGUCAAAUGUUCACAUUAGUUAUAGAAUCUUCACAAAUUUAACAAUUACUUUAUUGACUUUAUGAUAACUUGAUUGAGUUAAAAAAAUAAUUUAAAGUAACACUGCCCGAAAUUUUAUAAUCGACCAAGUUAUAUGGUAUUUGCAAUCUCGAAACGUUUUCCAUUUACCUUUCUAUAUAAUGGGUAUCCACAUGCCACAUUGUUUCAUUCUCCACCAAGUGACUCGAAGAAAUCUGCUUUCAUGGCCAAACAAAUAUUUCAAAUCUCCACUUUUUCUAUUCUCCUUUCACUGGUAGCCUUUGCGUUCAGUGGAGAAGAAGAUUAUAUUUUUGAAAAAUUCAUCAGUAGAAAGCCUAUGGACAUAAACAAGGAAAAACUCAGCCAUUUAAGCUUUUAUUGGCAUGACAUCAUCAAUGGCUCCAAACCAACAUCUAUGAUGAUUGUACCACCACCCAAAAACACCACCGUAUUUGGGGAAAUAUAUAUGAUAGAUAAUGCCCUAACUCUAGGACCACAACUGAGUUCCAAGCUCGUCGGAAGGGCGCAAGGAUUUUAUGCUGUUACUUCACUAAAUGAGUUUACCUUAAUGAAUGUCAUGAACUUUGCCUUUGUUGAAGGGAAAUAUAAUGGGAGCACCUUAACAAUACUUGGCCGUAAUCCGGUGAUCGAGAAGGUGAGAGAGAUGGCAGUGAUCGGUGGCAGUGGACUUUUCCGAUAUGCUAGAGGAUAUGCUCAAGCUAGUACUUAUUCAUGGAAUCGUACAACUGGCGAUGCUAAUGUUCACUAUGAUGUUUAUGUGUCGCAUUAUUGAUGUUUAGUGUAAUUCUAUGUGUCACUCUAAUCGCCUUGCUUCCUUUUAAUAAUAACUAGAUGUCGCUAUCACGGCCCCAAGAA